UUGUCAUUAGCAAGCAAACAAGUCGGGAGAGUUUCUGAAACUGCGACACAGGAGCAGUAAAUCGAGCGAAAGAGGUCGAAAAGAGAGAAUGGGAAGAGGGCCAAGGGCCGCAGCAGGCGGCGGCGAAGUGGACCUUCAUGCAGCCGCAAGGUCCGGUGACUUGAAUGCGGUUCAGUCAAUUCUCAGGUCAAAUCCUCUGGCAAUUAACUCCAGAGAUAAGCACUCCAGAACUCCAUUGCAUUUAGCAGCAUGGUCAGGGCAUGCACAUGUGGUGAGUUAUCUCUGCAAAAACAAGGCUGAUGUUGGUGCUGCUGCUAUGGAUGACAUGGGUGCAAUUCAUUUUGCUGCACAAAAGGGUCAUUUAGAAGUUGUCCGGACUCUGCUUUCCUCCGGGGUCUCCAUCAAAACUUGUACCAGAAAGGGCCUAACCCCACUUCACUAUGCGGCUCAAGGUUCUAAUCUUGAGCUAGUCAAGUACUUGGUGAAGAAAGGUGCAAGUCUUGCCGUCAAGACAAAAGCAGGGAAGACCCCUCUUGAUCUUGCGAGCAGGGAAGAAAUCAGCAUGUUUCUGGAAGAAUGUGAGCGGUCACCUGAAAAGCGAAAUGUGAAUGCAAAAGAGGAAGCUGAAGAAUCUAAUCCAAAACCAUCAUUGCCAGAAGAGCCAGAGAACACGGGUGGAGAAUCUCCUGUUAUGGAAGAUAACGAAGAACAAGACAGUGAAAAUGUCAAUAAGAGGAAGGACGAAGAAAGUAAUGAUACUAAGGAAACCUCUUCGGAACCAAAAAGGCAAAGAAUCAAACUUAAUCAUCUUUUAAGUGCAGAUGAUACUCAAGAAGAUGAAAAUUUGUAAGGAAAGAUUUUAGCAGAAGACUAACCUUUUAAACGAGCAACCAAACAGAUGCUGCAGUUUACGUUGUUGUAUGAUAUGAGGUAAUUUCUUGUGCAUUUUUGUUCGUUUUGCUUCCUUGCUGUAUUAUUGAAUGAUUAAUGCACGCAACUCCUUUAUAAGUAAUUUAGCCUUUUUAUAAAAUUUGUAAGAAUCGUGUA